AUGGCAUCCAUUCUGGCGAAACCUAUGGGUUUGGAGUUUCCCUGGGAGGGCUGCAUGGGGUGGUCGGAAGCUGAUGUGUUGGUGCUUGGCCUUCUGGCAGCUCUACGACAGUGGCGGGACUCAGAGGGCGUGCAGGGCAUUCGCAGCCCAAUGAGGAAUUACUUUGUGAGCCAGGGAGGCCCAGACGCGGCGCUCUUGAAAGCCUUGAGCGCCAGCAGCCCCCCCGGCCCUAACCCUACUAGUCCCAAGUGGCGGCAAGCUGGCAUUUGGCUGAUGACAAAUCUGGUCACAGGAAACCCUAAUGCCGCCUCCACGCUUCGAAGCAUGGGCGCUCUUGAUUGCUUGGUGAAAUGCGGUCAGGUGUUGCCUGGCUCGGGCUUCGACACCAUGUGGACCUUGGGGCAGGUGGGUGGUCCGUUGACGAUCUUGAGACUCUUGGAACGUUGUCAGAACAAAGAGGGCCUCUCUGUCAGUCUGAAAGCUCUCUCCAGACUCACCUGGGAGUCUCUGGAGGACUUUCAAGACCAACUGCCUGAGGUGCUCAAGGAGCUUACAAAGACCAUCCGCUUGAUGGACGAGCGACUCUCCAAGGAGCUGCAACAUGCGUUGCAAGCGCUGGGGGGCGUGUUGAAGUUCUAUUCCGCCACAGUACCACCGAGCCUUUGCCCCGACAUGGACGCGGCAGUAGAGCUGAUGUUGAACGCCGUGCGCAGCAGCGACCCGGACGUGGCCAAGGCCGCCAGCGUCUGCCUGGGACACAUGGCCACGCCCCAGUGGCGCCUGCCACUGCAGAGCGCGCUGCCGACCAUGCGCUGCUUGUGGAUGGCCGCGGGCGAAUCCAAGGCCAUCCCGGUUACAAUUCUUAAUGCUGCCAAGACUUACUAUCGAUGGCUGAUGUUGGUGAUUGACAAGAAGGCCGAGCUUCUCAUACACCCAACAGAAGAUCAAGCUCGUAUGACAGAGCUAGUUGAAACGUGCUCAGGCCUUGGUGGAAUUGCGUGUGGUGCUUCCUAUGCAGGUUGGACACUCCAUGCGCAAAAUGACCUCAAUGCCAAUUUUGUGAAGUUGCAACAGCAAAGUAGCCCAGCCGCACCCAGGGAGGAAAACAAGGAUGCCGGGAUCCACGAAGGGCAGACAAGUCCGAAAGUCCAUGGCACAUCUCAUGCCCUCGGGAAAGACACUAUGCCUGGUGUUUCGAGUGGUUCCAUCCCUAUCAAUGCAGCCGAUGCCCAUGUCCCACUGAGCCCAUCCAGGGUUGUAGCAGAUCAUGAGAAUGCACCACAUGUGAACGCUAUGCAGCCAGCAAUCUCCUCGCAGGUUGCACAAAGUCCCAGUACAGAAGAUGCGCCAGAGGUCAACCAAGGCCAUCCGGAGUCUCACCGUUUUGACAUGCAUGAAGGUUCUGAGGUUCACAAAUCCUCUGAAUUUAAGUUGUUUCACCAAUCAGGCACCGCACCAGCCUUUGCAACCGACACAGCCAAAGCAGUCUCCGAUUUUGCAGUUUCACCUUCGUUGUCUCAUAAUUCAAUAACCAAUCCAGCAGUGAUGUCGCCGCUCACAUCACCGAUGUGGGAAGCAUCAGGUGCCAUCUCGGCUUUUGCCACAGGGUCCUCCAAGGUCUCCCAUACUCAGCAGUCAGGUCCCAAGCAGCCGAUAGGGGAAACUCAGCCCACCUGUCAUCAGCUGAGUCCCUCCCCAAGAGAGUUGAUUGAGCCAGGGGUUUUGGUGUAUGAUGCAGACAUGCAUAUCAUUUCCCAUCAAAAAUGUGCUCAUGAUGCGACCUUUGCUCAAUGGUGCCAGGCUAAUGAAGCUUUAGGAGCACAGGCACAGGCGACAUGGGAUCUCUUUGGUUCCUCUAUUGCACCAGAUACCUUGCUGACUCAGCUGAAGUGGAUUAUCACCGGAAGUACACCAGUGUUUCGUGGAGCCUCAGACCUUGCCACAGUUACCAACCUGCUAGUUCACAUGCCUCGCAUUGAAUCAGCUCUAUUACAAGGGCCUGCAGUAGCUUCAGAUGAAAUGAUGUUUUACCUCACCGCCAUUUCUGCAGUUGGACUUGCUAAAGCCAAGCCGCCGUUCAUCUUAGACGGUAUGACAGACCUCUUGGUGGAUGCACAGAUAUGGAUUGAGGGGGUGGAUCAUAUCAACCAAUUCAAUGCCCAACAAAUGGUAUAUUCCGCUGAUAAAUGGAUGAAUUUUCUACCAGUCCAGGAAGCCACCGUCACAGCGCUAUGGUUCAAAUAUCAUUGGAUUCCGGUAUGGUUGGUCCCCACUGAUGAUGGAAUCACGGUUCACACGACCUUUGAGGGAAUCCAAGUAUGGGAGCUCCUCUUCCCGUGGUGGCAAACCAUAAUUCAGGUUCAUGAUGCAUUACCGCCGUCCUUUGAUCAUGAUUGUGGUUUUCGUGCCUUUGCGUGGCUAGUCAGUCAGAGCACACAAACGCCACUUGCGUCGUUGUCAGUUGCAGAAGCCUGGGGGUGGAGACAUUUGUUUUGGCAAUCGUUGGUCACAAAUCCCAAACCUGUGAUUAGAUUUGUGUUAGGUGGACAAAGUGAGCUUGAGACUGCAUUGCAAGCAAUCCUGCGAGAACAUGGAGUUUUUGCUAGCCGCCUCCCAGAGAGAGCAGCAAUUUUGAUCCGUAGUUUCCCAGGGCAAUCUCUCAAUGCGGUCUUCCAGAGUAGUCGACCAUGGCAAGCACUCAAACAGCUCGCGUCCAGUCACAAACCUCCUAUACGCCUGGUGUUGGAAGAUGAACUACAGAGUGUCAUCAAGUCCAGGGCUAAGGAUAAGAAAUCAGUCCAGGCCAAAGGAAAAGCCCCGCAGGGUUUGCAAAUGCCUCAGCAUGUUCGACCUGAAGAUAUCCUAAUCCCACAUGGUAUUUUUCGCCUGCAGUCUGGAGAACCAGUGUCCCACUUGAAUCCACAGCAGCUGGGUCAAAACUUACAUGGAGUUGUUGCGUUUUCUGAGCAGGAAGUGCAGCCAUAUCUACAACAUGCCCCUGCCGCUGGAGUUGGAAUUGGGUUUUUGGUCCUGUCUCCGUACUCAGAAACCAUUGCCCAGCAAGGUCAAGUAGUGCGUUUUCCCGUGCAGAGUAAGGUCACAUCAGAGCCUAUGCUAGUCUCUGCAGUGUUGUUGCAAAGAGGUGCUGUCCACAUAGUUCGGAACAUCCCUGCUCAGCCCACCGCAGUAGAGCAGGUGCAGACGCAGACGAUCAAAUGCCUCUUGUACAGGGACCAACUGCAUGACCAAUGGCAGACUGUUACCAAUGCGCCGGUCAAGUACAUAAUUAGCAUGACUGAGGUUUUGCAAGUGUGUAAGCAGACCGACUGCAGCUGCGCUAAGUGGCACCCAGCCAUGAAGCAGUCCGAUACUCCAAUACUAGAUGUGUGGCAGAGAGACUAUCUCUCGAUUCACUUCCAAAAAAUUAGACAAACAGACGCCCAGAUCUACGUUGUUGCCAUGCGAGUAACCUCGGACGUGUAUGAUGGUCUUUUCAGAAUGUCUGGCACCGGAGGUUUGUAUGUCGAGCCACGUGCUGAUGACGGGCGGGGACAGGACCCCAAGUACCACACCAUCUGGAUUCCGAGACAACCUCUCUCUGAAGUCAAGGCACUGCAGGCCAUGCUCACGACCCCAGUGUCUCUGAUUCGGGUAGGUUUCCGCUAUGGUUUCAAGGUAAUCAUUGAUAUGGCAGAACACGUGCACACGCAGAUCAAUCCACAUGAGCCAUUUAUUGCUGGGGCCAGUAAAGCCACCUACCGUGUUGGCCCUUUUCCCUGGGGCACUACCAAGAAGGCCAUUCAGUCCCUGUUUGCUCAGUGGCAAUGGCAGGCAAGACCAGUGCACACCAUUGCAAAAGCAAAGGAUUCCAGUGGACUUAUGUGGCUAGUCCAUGCCGCCUCUCCCCCAGCAGCGUUGGUCUUCCAGUUGCAGCAUGGAGAUGUAGUUAUACAUCAGGAAUCCUCAGCGUUGAAGGAACCAUGGAGGCCACCACAGGUGCAGGCUGCCACAAGCGAAUUCAGGGAUAAGAAAGAAGUAGAAUUUGAUCCCUGGGCUGAAGCAGCACGCAAUCUCCCCAGAGCUGAGAGUGUCUCACAAGCUCAGAUAGCUAAGAUUGAGGCUAACCUGGAGCAGAAACUGACCAAGCGCCUUCAAACUGCGGUUGAUGAGACUGAUGUUUCAAUGGCACCUACGCUUGAGCCUCGUGUUGUGCAAUUGGAACAACAGAUUGCUGCCCUGCAGAACCGUUCCGGUGUCAUCGAGAGUAAGGUCGACUACAUCCAUUCUCAGGUCGAACAACAAGCGACCAAAUUCGAAGCGACCUUAGAUACCAAACUCUCUGAACAAAUGCAAAGAAUCGAGGCCUUAAUCGUGAAGAGGGCUCGCUCCAAUGAAUGA